AGUAUACAGUCGCUGAUUCUUGUUCAAUUCCAACAUACGCGAAAUUGAAGUGAAAGACUGCUAAGGUGAAAUUGAAACGGUUACGGGGGACUGUACAAUUAUCGGUUUUAGUGUUAAAUUUUUUUGAGAGAAAAUGGCCAGUUUUUGGGCCAUUUUUGUUUUUGGAGUUGCAUUUACACUUAUAGAGAACUGCCACGGAGCUCAGUACUUCGGAAAACUCAUAGGAAAACUUUCCGAAUUACACCACGGCGUCUCCGGUGAAGUUUACGCAGUGGAUGCGAGGACUUUAUACAUCAAGGAUUUCACUUAUGACGGACAAGGACCUGCCGCUUAUUUUUACGCCAGCGUCCACAAAGCGGCUGACAAACACGGUUUCCGGUUGAGAGAUGAGACGGGAAGCGGAGAAGUAAUCAGGAGGUACAGAAAGGAGGGAAUCACUCUCACGCUGCCAGAAGGAAAGACCAUACACAGCAUCAAGAUAUUUUAUCUUUGGUGCGAGGAAUUUGACGUAAACUUUGGUGAUGUUAAAGUUCCUCGUGGCUUCGACUAUCCACGACCACAAAAAAUCGAAUCUCUUAAAGGUGUCCACGCAAUUUCAUCAGACAAUAUCGUCAUCGUUGAUGCCCAGACGCUGUUGAUUCCAAACUUGUCUUAUGAUGGCGAAGCACCAGACGCCAAAUUUUGGGUUGGUCGUGGCAGCAAACCUACUCCACAAGGUAUCCGAGUCCCCGACGAGAACGGCAAAGAAGUACCUCUUAGAAGAUAUGACCGCAAAACGGUGGUUCUUACACUUCCGGGUGAUUUGACAGUUUUUGACAUUGGGCAUUUUGGAAUCUGGUGCGAGAUGUUUACUGUUGACUUUGGUCAUGUGCUUAUUCCCCAAGAACUGAAUAUUCCACCAUCUUUGAAAAUGCUGGGUGUUAGUCCUCAGUCAAAACUGAACUGUGAAGUAUUGUUCGAUGACCUGGCAUUCGAAGUGAGAUGGGCUGUUGCAGGAGAUAGCAUUGUGUUGCAAUUGGUUGCGAAAUUGGAUGAUGGUGAAUAUAUGUCCUUUGGUCUCUCUGGCGAUGAUUCUAAAACUGUUAUGAUCGGUGGUGAUGUAGUUGUAGCAUGGGUAGACAAAGAAACUCUUAAAGGAUUUGCGGAAGAUUACUAUUUGGAAGACAAAUCACAGUGUUCCGGACCAACUGGAUCAUGUCCCGACAAUAGACUAGGUGAAAAUACCAACAGCAUUCGUCUUCUGAACGCAGCAAUGGUUAACGGCUACUCCAUCGUAACCUACCAACGUCCACUUCGAGCAUCCGAUCAAUUCGACCGUCCCAUAUACACUAAUCAUUCCCAAGCUAUCAUCUGGGCGAUCGGACCGCUGAACCAAAGAGACGAAGUGUCUUUCCACAGCAAAUACCUCAAGAAAACACAUCUUAUCGACUUUGGAAGACCUGCAAGAUGGAAUUGUCCCAUGCCGGAGACAGAUCAACCAGCAAUGGCUGCUGUAUAUGCUCAACAUCAGCCUGUAGAUACCAAGGAAACGUCGUACGUUGAGAAGGAGUACAGCGAAGAACCUACUACUAGCGCCCCAAGGAGAACAAGUGUUAGAAGACGAAUUCCCCAAAGAGGAGCCCAAAAUUCACUACCAGAAGAUUCGCAGAAUAGCGCUUCCAGGACAAAAGAACAAGCUGAGCCUAAUAGAAGAAGACAGCCCCAAAAAGAAACUGACACUCGCGUCGCAAGACCUACUCAAACUAGCGUUAGCAAACGGGAUGCAUGGGUAAUUCCUCCAAUCCAGUGUGAUGAACCUGACGAUGGCGUAUUUUAUGCCCAAAUGGUCCAACCGGCGGAAAACGAGGAUAUCCAGCUAUAA